UUCUGGGAGGUGGGUCCCACGCGGUGUCAAACAUGAGGAUCGAGAAGUGUUAUUUCUGUUCCGGGCCGAUCUACCCUGGCCACGGCAUGAUGUUCGUCUGCAACGAUUGCAAGGUGUUCCGAUUCUGCAAAUCCAAGUGUCAUAAAAACUUUAAGAAGAAGAGGAACCCACGCAAGGUCAGGUGGACUAAAGCCUUCCGGAAAGCAGCUGGCAAGGAGCUCACGGUGGACAACUCAUUUGAAUUUGAAAAACGAAGAAAUGAACCUGUGAAAUACCAGCGAGAACUAUGGAGUAAAACUAUUGAUGCAAUGAAGAGAGUUGAAGAAAUCAAACAGAAACGCCAGGCUAAGUUUAUAAUGAACAGGUUGAAGAAAAACAAAGAGCUGCAGAAGGUCCAGGUCAUCAAAGAAGUCAAGCAGAACAUCCAUCUUAUCCAGGCUCCUCUUGCAGGCAAGGGAAAGCAGCUGGAGGAAAAAAUGGUACAGCAGUUACAGGAGGAUGUGGACAUGGAGGAUGCUUCUUAAUGGUGUCGCCUGCAACCAGCCUUGUGUACACUGGAAACCAGUGGAGACUGUUGGUUCCUAAGCUAUUGAUUGGUUACAUAAUGUCCUUCAGACAAAGGUGAUGCACAUGUUCCCCUCUUACAUUGCAGCCUGUAAAAGCAUCCAUCCUGGGAGUUAGA